AGUAGGAGUGUUAAGGUGAGGGUGUAGUAGAGGCAAAGUGUUUAAUUGAACCUGCUACUUCAAUGAGCAACCCACGGGAGGAGAAGGGCCUUGAACUCAGAGCGCCCAUCGGACUGUGCCUUCCCCGACUGUGGGGGGAAGCAGCAAGGGGAGCGGACAGGCGAAGGACGGGGAAGCGAAGGGGGACCGGAGUGAGACAGGCACAGGCGGCUGCGCUCUCCUCAAGUGCGCUUUGGAGAUGGAGAUGACGAACCGCAGCCUACACGGAGAUUUAAAAGUGGAUUGUGUGAACUGCGAUGGCUUGAACAAUCGAAAAAGUAACGAUCUGGCAGAAGUAUCCGUGUCGCUUACAGGGAAACGGACAGCUCUCAUGGAGGGAGACAACCUCUACAGACUACGGGACCGAAAGUUGUUGGUUGAGCAGAAGAAGCGGCUCUGCGCAUUGUCCCUGGGAGCUGCUAUGCUGGGGAUACUGCUCAUGAUCAUCAACGCCGAGAUAUGUCGCUAUGAUCCGGACAGCCGAUACACCGUAUUACUCAUCAUCAACUCCUCCAUCAGCCUGUCCACUGGGUGUCUCCUGGCCCUUAUUAUAGCUUUCCAUUAUAAAGACAUCAGGCUGUUUGUCAUUGAUCAUAACCAAGUGGACUGGCGUAUUGCCAUGACCAGCCACAGGAUUCUUGCGAUCUCUCUGGAGAUGUUGGUCUGUGUCAUCCAUCCUGUCGGCUCAUACCGGGAGAUCGGACAUAAUGUCACCUCCUCUUCCCCAGCUCCGCUGUGUGUUUCCAACCAGCCUGUAGUGCUCACGAUGGACAUCGACCUGCUUUUAUCAGUGCUGAUGUUCCUGCGCUUGUACCUGGUGCACAGAGCCAUCCUGCUGCACAGCAAAGUGCUGCUGAGCGCCUCCUACAGGAGCAUCGGCUCCCUCAACAACAUCAACUUCACCUUCCGCUUUGUUCUCAAGGUACUGCUGAAUGAAUACCCUGCACGCACGCUGCUGGUGUUCAUCCUCUUCUUCUGGCUCACUGCGUCCUGGAUGCUUACUCUCUGUGAGAGGGGGAACGAAGAGGUGACUGGCCACAUGAACACAGCACUGUGGCUCAUAGCCAUCACCUUCCUCACAGUGGGCUAUGGGGAUGUGGCGCCCAAAAGCAGCUGUGGAAAGGCAGUUUGUCUCUUCACUGGAGUCAUGCUGAAAGCAGGAGCACAGGGUGUAGCCUGCACAGCCAUGCUGGUGGCAGUGGUGAACAAGACGCUGGCGUUGAACAAAGGAGAGAAACACGUGCACUUCUUCAUGCUGGACAUCCAAAUCUCUAAGAGGAUCCGCCACGCUGCUGCUAAUGUGCUAAGGGAAUGCUGGCUUCUGCACCGCGCAAACCUAGCAAAAGGCAACCGUGGGGAACAUCGAAGACACCAAAGAGGCCUGCUGGAGGCCAUCAGGGUAUUUCGGAAUUUACGCCUCAAACAACGAAAAUUAAGAGAUUACGUCAGUGAGAUGGUCGAUCUCCCAAAGAUGCAGAUGAUCAUGUGCGACCUCAGUGCCAAUUGGAAUAACUCUUAUCGGGAGCUGGAGCAGCGGAUCCUCUCCAUGGAGCAGAAGCUGGACGAGCUGAGUCGCUGCUUCCAACAAACAUCGGAGCUGCUGUUUCAUGUCCUACGUCACCGCAACCCCGAUAUAAGGUGACAUGACUUCAUACAUGUAUUACAGAGACAAAUACAUGUCUUUUGGUGUUUUAAUCUACAGUAUCUAUAAAGGGAGAAUGCAAAUGCUCUCCACCAGGCGCUGCUCAAGACUGUUAACAUGCUGAACCACUUGGAGGACUGGCAUACCCACUAAAGACCUCAUCUUCUGGCCCAGUGCUCACUGCACUGCACAAUGACUCAUAGCUGUAAAACUAUACAGACAAAAUAAGCCCUCCAGUCGUCUUCUCGGUGGGAGAAUCACAAUGCAUCUUGUUAUAUUUGUGAGAGGAUAAAGAAGUGAAUAAAUCUCAAACCAGGACUGUGGAAAGUCACUAGUCUUAUUUUCAAUGUUAGUGAAAGGUUUCAUUGAUGGAUUCCUUCACUGCCUUAUUCCUAUGGAAUAAGAUGAACAUUUUUACAUGUUUAUUUUAUUUGAAACUUUUUGUAAUAUUCUACAGUUCUAGUCUUAUCUUUCUUUUUAAAAAGCUCUCAUAAAUCUUGAUAACCCAGAUGUUUGCAAACAGGAUUUCUGAUUAUUACAUCAUUUCCAAUAACUCCUCAUUGUACUGCUUUAACUUUAACCCGUAAAUUGAAUUAUGCAUGGAAUUGUGUCUUGAUGCUCUGCAAAAAGAAGAAAACAAAGUUCGAUUGGAGUAUUGUCAAUGAAAGCUUUAUUUCAUCAUAAGAGUCCUUGGGUUUGUAUGGCAUGUCAACAUAAACGCAUGUAUAUUUCAGUAUAUCAUCGAACAGUUUACACCUGUUCUGAGAGCAAACUUGAGUGCAAGAUGUCUGGUAAACACGUCCUUCCUUAACUCUACAGCUCCAUCUAGUGGACAUACAUUAAGUUAAUCAUUUUAAGGACAGCUCAAAUUAAAUUCCUAAAGUUGAACUACCAUAAAAAAAGGAGUACAUCAAACAAACAAAACCUUAAAACUCACAAACAAACUGCACUGUGAUUAAAGCACUUUGUGAGGGAUCAAAAGUGUGGAAAACUGGACUCACUCUUCUCUGGAGGAUAAACUGGAGCUUUUUGUGAAAAAUAUGAAAUAUUCAUGUAUGUUGUCAAAACAGGAACAUGUGUUGACCUUGUUUGCUCUGUAUUAUUUGCACGUUGUAGAAAAAAAAAAAAAAAAUUUGACAUGACAAUAACUAUCUUGGAGAUGCGUAUAAUUAAAAGCCAUUAAAACAAA